AUGUAUAAGUUCAAUGAACUACCGGGAAUAGAUACCAACAGCCAAGAGGUAUUUGAGACAUCAGAUACAGAAACGGAAACCGAAAGAAAUGUCGAUGAACUUGGCUCUGAAAGCUCCGAGAUUGAGAAUGUUAAUUUUGAAGAAUCAAGGAAACAAUUUUUAAAGAGUAUUAUCAUCAACAGUCGAUUUGACUUUUCAGGAAACGUAACUAAUUUAGAUGGGUACCAGGUGAAGGAGGCUUACGAGACAAAAGAGGCAAAAAUCGCUAGGAUUAAGAGGGAGUUGGAAGAGCUUACCAAUGAUGAUCGCGGUUCUUUAACGCAAGAAGAAAUUUGUAAUUUGAGUGAUAUAUUAUUGAAGUUGAAAAACACCACCAACGAGGACAAGUGUGCCUUGGAAGCUUUUCAAGAGGAGGAACUCAAUCUAGACGCAAUUUUCAGCAUUCCCAAACCUGCCACCGCCACCGCCACCGCCAAAACCAACAAAACCCAGGAAAUACAACAAUUGGCCGAUUUCGAGAAACAGCUAAGUAGUAUUGAAAAAUUGAUAGGUAUAGAAGCGCCGCAGCGAACACAAUCGAUUCAAUUUGCAAUCAAUGAGAUUAAAAGAAGAUUAGACGUGAUAGAGCAUCCAGAGUAUAGCAUAAGUGUUAUUGAAGAACACAUUGAAUCUCUUUUCAAAGAAAUCAACAAAUUGGAAUUAAGCAAAAAAGUAUUUGGUAUCGAAGAAGAACCAAAGAUAAAGUCGGAUAAGAUUGACAAUAUCUAUACCAUUCUUCCCAAUUUGAAAAAUUAUGCCAAAAAUGCACCUGCCCUUUUACAAAGAUUGAAAACUCUCAACAAUAUACAUAGCGAGGUCAACGAGACAAUAAAAUUUGCAAAGGGUUUAGACCAAAUGAUAAGUGAUCUCAUUGGUGAUAUGCAUAGAUGGGAUGACUCAAUGAAUCAAGUCAAUAGAAAAUUAGACGAUUCGAGAAGAGUAUUUGAUGAAAAUCAAGGAAAAAUAGAGUCGAGAGUCGAUGAGUUGAUGAAAAGUUGCAAUUAG